CGUGCCCAGUCGGUUCUCUUUCGCUCUCGCUGGAAAAAGGCAAAGGUAAACAGUGGACAAAGACACCGGUAGUGAUAACAAAGGAAUCGGAGAGUAUUUGCACCGGAAGCGGAAGUGCAGUCAUUUGCAGUAUUCCAAAAUAAAGGAAAUUACGAAUACGCAUUAUUGAAAUUACGCAUACGCAUGGUAGACAACGAAGGCAAGAUAGGACACAGCUGAAUAAGAAAAUUAAGCACGGUUGGCAGCUGCCUGAUAAUAAGAAAAUUACUCAUACCCCUGCGUGGCUGUUGGAUGAGCUAGGAUUUUGUCCCAGCAGAAAAGAUGGGUACUCCUCAUGUCUGCUUCGCCGAUGAGCAGCAGCAGGAACUGCAACAACAACACAGAACAGCCAGUAAUGGCAGCCUGAACAACAACAACAACAAACUGGAUGUGGGCUACAACAACACCGCUGGCACUCCAUCGCCGGGCGGCAGUCUCAGCGUUUCGCCAACACCGCGCUACGAACGCAAUCUGGGCUUCUUUCGGCAGCUGAGCCGCCGCUUCGGCCUGAGGUCGCAGGAUGACCUAGUUCACUCGGAUGACGCAGCCAGCGUUGCAACAUCGAGGAGCGGAGCAGGCGGAAGCGGAGGUGGAGUAGCCGGGGUCACUCUCCAGGAGGAGGACGCGCACAGUUCAUCGACCGACUCGUGCUCCUCGGGGCGUGGCAUCAACGCUCACCAGUCGCGUCUGGAGCUGAUGUCCAUGUCGUGCGCCUCCAGCGAAACGAGCAGCACAUUGGACAUCGAGGAGCAGCAGGAGCAAAUGCAGCAGCAUCACUUGCAGCAACAACAGGCGCAGCAAUCGAAGCGGAAGCCGAUUAGCCGGUCCAGUUUCUCGCGUCUCCAUCGGCGCUCCACAUCCUCGCUGCGCCGCGCCUUUGAGAGCCUUUCGCUAACCUCGCGUUCGCUGUCCUGCAGCGGUCCCUCCCCUCCUCCUCCACAUCUUCCCCCAGCCGGCGCACAGCCCGCAGCUGCAUUGCCUUUGAAGUCGGCUCUCAAAUCCGCCUCGAAUGUCGAGCUGCACAGGCAGCAACAGCAACAACAAAAACAACUAACCGGCAGGCCGUCAUCAUCGUGCUGCGGUUCAGCGUCCAAAAACAAGGUGAAGCCGCCGCCGCAAAGGAUCCUGCGGCAGCCCGUCUCCUACACAUAUCUCAAAGGCAUGUCAGGUCUGCCAACGCAGCGAGUGCCGCGCAGCUCCGUUUGCUGUCAGUACGCCAGGCGUUAAGGAUUCCACGAUCAAUGGUAAAUCAUCCAGAACAGUAUAGGCAGGAUAAAAAUGCCGUAAGCAGUAUCAGGAAUCAGCUAGUUAAACAAUCAUGAUCAG